GGCAGAGUUUGUAGAGAGAGAGAGGGAGAGAUGGGUCGAGGUAGAGUUCAGUUGAAGAGGAUAGAGAACAAGAUCAACAGGCAAGUAACUUUCUCAAAGAGGAGAGGAGGGCUUCUGAAGAAAGCUCAUGAGAUCUCCGUACUAUGUGAUGCUGAAGUUGCUUUGAUCAUCUUUUCUCACAAAGGAAAGCUCUUUGAGUACUCUACCGAUUCUUGCAUGGAAAAGAUCCUUGAGCGAUAUGAGAGGUAUUGUUACGCAGAGAGGCGGUUGAUCAAUGAUCCAGUUACUAUGGGAGACUGGUCCCUGGAAUGCAGCAAGCUUAAGGCUAGGAUUGAGCUUCUUCAGAGAAACCAUAGGCACUACAUGGGAGAAGAAUUGGAUGCCAUGAGUAUGAGAGAGCUCCAAAACUUGGAGCAGCAACUUGAUAUUGCACUUAAGCAUGUUAGGUCAAGAAAGAAUCAACUAAUGUUUGAGUCCAUUUCUGAGCUGCAAAGAAAGGAGAAAGCCAUUUCAGAGCAAAACAGCACCCUAAUAAAACAGAUCAAGGAGAUAGAGAAGACAAUGACACAGCAGCAACAGUGGGAGCAGCAAAACCAUGAUCCAAAUGCACCAUCCUAUCUUAUUCAAGACCAACUCCCUUGCCUUAACAUUGGAGGAGCUUACCAAGGAGAAGCAGCAAUGGAGAGGAGAAACGAUCUUGACCUUACGCUUGAACCGGUGGUGUAUCCAUGCAAUCUGAGAUGCUUUGCUGCAUGAUUGUAGCAGAGGGAUCGAAGAUGAAUCAAAGAAGAAAUCAUGUACCUUUCUUGGCAAACAAAAGGGGGACAAUUUGCUGCUGCUUUUAAGUGAUUAAUGUGGGCAGAUUGACUUCAUAAUGUGAUUAAUGAAGUUGAUGCAGAUAAUAAUUAAACCACCAGAAAACUUGCCUUCACUAGAAUUUACUCUUAACUAAUGCAUUAUCUAUAUAUAUAUUAUA